UCCCCGUGCGACCAGAGCAAAUCUGACAUCUCCCUCAAAUCAGAUCUAAAGUCACAGCAAGCAAAAGCAGCACCCGAACCCCCACCAAGAAAUCCUCCUCCGAUCGGAAUCAGCAGCUGCGGCGGCGGAGAUGGGCGCGGAGUGCAGGUACGAGGUGGCGCAGGCGGCGUACGUCAAGCUCGCGCUGCACGCGCUCAAGCACCCGUCCGCCGCCGUCAAUGGCCUCCUCGUCGGCCGUCUCGUCGAGCCGUCCUCCACCCCGGUCGUCGUCUCCGUCGUCGACGCCGUGCCGUUGUCCCACCACCCGCACCAUCUGCCGCUGCUCCCCACGCUUGAGCUCGCGCUCACCAUUGUCGAGGACCACUUCGCGACCCAGGGUGAAGGCCUCGCCGUCGUCGGGUACUACCACGCCAACCCGCGCCGCGACGACGCCGAUCUCCCGCCUGUCGCCAAGCGCGUCGGCGACCACAUCUUCCGGUACUUCCCCCGCUCGGCCGUGCUGCUGGUCGAUAACAAGAAGCUGGAGGAGGCUGUCAAGGGGAAGUCUCGCGAGCCUGUAGUUCAGUUAUACACCAGGGAUUCAUCAAAAAGUUGGCGUCAGGCUGGAUCCGAUGGGAGCAGUCAGCUGGCUCUAAAAGAACCUUCUACCAAUGUUGUCCUAGCUGAUCAUGUUACAACAAUGAAAUGGGAGAAAAUUGUUGAUUUCGAUGACCACCUUGAUGAUAUUAGCAGGGAUUGGUUGAACCCAGGUCUCCUUGAUUGAAGUUUUAUGAUUUGAUCACUUUAAUACUUCAUUGGAACUUCUCUAGAAAUGAGGUGGUGAAGCUGUAUCACUUUAAUAGAUCUGUAUGAUGGAUUUCGCUCAAAAGCAACAUGGAUUUUAAUGUAAACAAUUGAUUUUGUAACAAUUAUAGCGUUUCAAAAUUCUAAGGUCGGAGUGGAGUAUGUCUAAA